AUGAAAGGAGUUAAAUUUUAUCCGGACGAUCGUAAUGGCAACAAUCGUCGCCGUUCAUCACGCGAAUUGCGUGGGCCUAAAAUUUUUGAAGGCGUUUAUAUGCAAAGUUUACCGGUAUCUUCUGUUCAACGAAAGCAACAGCAUCAGUCUGAGCGAAGAUCUGACAGUCCUAAAGUUAACAAUAAGAAGGAUUCUGAGGUGGAAACGAGGUCUCCUACGCAAUUGGCACAUGAGGAAUAUGGCGAAUAUAAAAAAUUUACUGAGCCACAAAUCCCAUUUCCUGUAAAACUCCAGCUUAAUACAACCCCUAAGCGGCAUUUGAACAGCAGCAAUUCUGGUCCAACAGGAAUUCCAACAAUUGAUUGCAUAAACGGUUAUCGAGGGUAUGGCGAUAAAAACAAUUUUGUGGAUACUAUGGGUGAUCCUUUGGAUUAUGAGACGUUGAAUACCGAUUUUGAUUUUGCUGCUAAUUUGGCAUUGUUUGACAAAGCGGCAUUCACCAAACAAAUUGAUCAUGUCGCCCUUGGGUUGAAUUCGAGUGGUUCAAAUUCGCGUAAUUACAACCACGAUGAGAAUGUUCUUUUGGAUUCGUCUCGCGUUAUUUCUUGGACCACAAAUAAUCUUGCCCCAUCAUCUAGUGCUGCUGUAAAAAAUUCUGUUGGGAUAAACGUUGCUCAUCAUUCUCCAAAGUCUUGUCCUCAUCGUCGCCAAUAA